AAUACUGCAAGGCUGCCGUUUUGCUGCGCAUUUCUUCAAUAAAAACAGCAAGAAAAUUCUAUACAUUUAAGAAAAUGGCUGACAAAACAGUAGAUUUUACCACUACGAAUGGGUUGGAGAGCAAAACUCCAUUCCUGAUCGGUGUCGCAGGAGGAACAGCCAGCGGCAAGUCAACAGUAUGCCAACGCAUAGUAGAAAAGCUCGGACAACAACACAAGGAACAAACAGAGAGGCGCGUCGUCUGCAUCAGUCAGGACUCGUUCUACCGAGAGCUCACACCGUCGGAGAGGCUCCGGGCCGAGCGGGGGCAGUUCAACUUUGACCAUCCAGAUGCCUUCGAUGACAAGAAGUUACUGGCGACACUGAACGGUAUACUUCAGGGGAAGAAAGUCGAAGUGCCUGAAUAUAAUUACAUCACCAAUUCAAUUAGCAACCGGACGCACACAAUCUACCCCGCUGACGUGGUGCUCAUCGAGGGCAUCCUGGUGUUCUACUUCCCUGAGGUCCGGGAACGGUUCCACAUGAAGCUUUUUGUCGACACUGACUCCGACACCAGAUUGGCAAGAAGAGUGCCGCGGGACAUCAUGGAGCGAGGCCGGGACUUGGAGCAAGUGCUAAACCAAUACAUGAACUUCGUGAAGCCCGCCUUCGAGGAGUUCUGUUUGCCGACCAAGAAAUUUGCUGACGUCAUUAUACCCAGAGGCGCUGACAAUAUCGUGGCUAUUGACUUGAUAGUGCACCACAUAUGGGACAUUAUGUAUAAGAAGCGGUCGCCGCCGCGCCUGAACGGGUGCAAGCUCGAAGAGGAGACCGGGGCGAGGAGGAUGUCCGGCAGCUCCGAGGACACGCUGAGUCGAUAGGGGGAGGGUGGGGACUUUUGAGAUGCACCAGGGUGAAAGGAGACUGAAUGAUAGUUCCAUACAAAGUUGCACAUGAGUUGUUGCUUGUUAUACUUACUCAACCUCGUAUCUGCAACACUCAUUUGAUGACAAAAACACCCGUAUUUCGAAUGAAAGAAAAGCGACAUUUCCAUCAAAUGAUUGUUGCAGAUAUAAGGUUGAGUAAGUAUAGCGACGAUAUGUAUAGAUAAGUUGCACUUCUUAAGUGUCUGAGGAUGGUAUUCCAUCUGUCCAAUAUCCAAUUGGUCUAAUGUAUAUUUGCGUCUCACAUUUUGUUUAAAGAGUGAGUGAGACACAAUGCACAUUGGACCAAGAUAUUGAACAGAUGGAAUAAGAACCAACCAACGCAAAGACUUUAUAAGUCCACAAAGUCGCACAUAUUCCCUAUGCUGCAUCUCGAAAGUCGCGUAGAUUAAAUCUAUUUUAAGUACCUUCUAUUGUCACAGUAUAAAACAAUACAGUGAUUGGACUAAGCCGUCUAGACAGGGUAUCGUGCGGGGUGCGAGGGGUGUACCGCGCGCACCCUAGCUGCAUACAUUCGCCAUUGUUAGUAGCUCGGUACACGUCAAAGUCGUCGGUCCACUGUAUACUUUUUAGACUGUGCUAUUGUUAUAUGUAAUAAGAGUAUGUGUGAUUUUUCAAAUUACGAAAACUAAUUAUACAUAUAUCAACGUACUCUAUGUUUAACUAUUCCCCACAAAUAUAACAGUAACUAGGUAUAUGGAUAUCAUGAAAAAAUUAUGUCUAAAAAUCAUACAUAAAUGAAAUAAAGGAUAUUUAGCAGAAAUCAUAUAAACGCAAUGUGCAAUAUUUGUUAAAUUAGAUAUUUAAAUUAGUCUCGUUCAUUUCACUUAACAAUUUUUUUUGAAAAUAAUCAUGUUUUUUGAAAAAUCACAAGUACGCAAGCGGCCCAGUAAUAAUAUACCUAUAAAUCUGUAUUUGUGCUACCUUAUUUACUUAAUCGUAAGUUACAUUAUGUAGGCCCUUAUGUGAUGAAAUAUAUUAUAUGUGCAAUUUUUACAACCAACAUUUUGCUAUCAAUUCGGUGAAAUAAUUUUCUAGUACAUGUACAUUAUGAUUCUCUUUACAAACACGCAAGAUUUUUAUUUGUAUAAUCAAUGUAUUUUUAUACAAAAUUCCCAGUUAAGACUGCAGACUAGAACUAGAAGCCGCUUAUAUUUGACUUUUAGGUUAUAUUUUAGUUGUAAAACUCAUUGCAUUUCUUGAGGAAAGCAUUAUACAUGUCCCGAUAUUUUAGGCUUGCCUGCCUCGUAUUCAAAACUAAUUAAGCCAUUCUACUUUUCGUUGACCAUAAGAUUUCACACGUUUGCUUACCAGCUUUUAAAAAUAUUGUUUUUGAACAAUUAAUUAUUUUAAAUGAUUAAUGUACUAUAGUUGG